GUUUAUUUAGUUGAUUUAGUAUGAAGUCUUAUCUUGAAAUCAACACAUGCAUAGGUAAGUAAUAUCAACAACCUACGUAAAUGUUAAUACACUUGUCAGUUUCAUCGAAAUUGAACGCUACCGUAUAAGCUUGCCAGUCUCAUUAGCUCAGAGCUAGUUAGCACAGGCAGACAUAGCAGGUUAUUAUUUGACUAUUUAGCUUGCUAGCAGCUGCUGGUGGCCACUUAUUUGACUAGUCUCUCCAGAGGCCAUCACGCUUCCAAACAGCAACAGUGUUUUUUCAUUUCUUAUUCGACCAAGUAUAAUUCUAAUCAAAUAGGCCAGUAGACGUAAAAUCCGUGACAGUAUUACACUUGUCACAGUUUUUUUUUUAUUUUGAGAGCAAUAUUGCGAGAGGCUACUUGUCGCUACAUCAUUAUAACAGUUAAUAUGUGGCGCUAACUUUGUUUUUUUAAGAUCUUAAUUUGGUUUUUCUACCAGUAAAAUUGUCUUGUCUAAGUCAAUGCCAGCCAAUUAGCCGUGUAUUUGAAGGACUGCCUUUAAUCAGGCCAGUAUUUAGGUAACAACUGCUAUAAGAGUUUGUCUAAUCUGUGAUGGUGACUCAGCUGCUGCUUCAGUGGACAAAUAGAAUUUCAAAAGUCAAAGUUGUUUCUGGUCUGUGGCACGGGACUAAAUGAACAAGUCGGGCAAACUUGAAGAAUUCUGGGAGCCUUACCAUGAAGCUGUAUGUGUUCCAGGUCAACAAUGGCAGCACGUUGACAUUUGACACCGACCUCGCUGUCCAAACUGUCCUGGAGCUUAAACAUGCCAUCCAAGCCAAAUAUAAGAUUGCAGUUCAGCAUCAAGUCCUGGUGGUCAAUGGAGGGGAAUGUAUGGCUGCAGAGAGGCGAGUCUGCAGCUACAGUGCUGGCACUGAAACCAACCCCAUAUUCCUGUUCAACAAAGAGAUGAUCUUGUCUGAUCGGGAUCCGACGAUCCCCAAAACCACCUUCUCAAUUGAGAGCGAGAUUCAAGUAAAGGUGGAAGAGUCACUACUGAUGCCAGCUGUCUUUCACACUGUUGCCUCACGAACACAACUUGCUCUGGAAAUGUUCGAAGUUGCCAAAAAGCUUUGCUCUUUCUGCGAACGUUUGGUUCACGAUGAACAUCUCCAACACCAAGGCUGGGCAGCCAUCAUGGCCAAUCUGGACGACUGCACUCUGUCUUAUCAGAAGUUGCUGGUGAAAUUCAAUGGAGUGUACACAAAUUAUCAACAGGACUUGGAGGAAAUAAAAGUGAAACUUUCAAAGUUGGGGACUUCGGUUUCUGUCAUGGCUAGGAUCCCUCUGCUGGAAUGUUUGACGAGACACAGUUACAGAGAAAGCACGGAGAAGUCCAGUUCCACCCCAGAGAAGGAUUCAGACGAGACAGAAGAAGAAAAAUCCACCGACUCUGUGCUGUGCACCGCUCAAACCCCGAUGCCCUCUAAGUCGCCGACGUCUUUGUCCACUUUGGGGACCGUCACAUCUGAGCCAGAUGGAGAUCCGGAAGCGAAUAAAAUGACUGACAGCGGUGGGCUAAGAGCUGCGUUGUUAGACGAUCUGGCCAGCCAGUCGUCGUUCAACGUCACGCUGUUAGACUGGAUCAAUGUCCAAGACAGACCUAAUGAUGUGGAGUCAGUUGUGAGGAAAUGCUUUGACUCCAUCAGCAGGCUCGACCCGCGGAUCAUUCAGCCUUUCCUGACCGACUGUCGGGACACAAUUGCAAAGCUAGAUAAUCAGAACAUGAAAUCCAUCAAAGGACUUGAAGACAGGCUAUAUGCUCUUGACCAAAUGAUUGCAAGCUGUAAGAAACUGGUGAACGAGCAGAAAGAACUUGCUCAGGGCUUUUUGGCCAAUCAGAAGCGGGCCGAAAACCUGAAGGAUACAUCUGUUCUGCCUGACUUGUGUCUGAGUCACACCAAUCAGCUGAUGAUCAUGUUAAACAACCACAGGAAACUGCUGGACAUUAAGAAAAAGUGCACCACUGCCAAACAAGAACUAGCUAACAACCUGCAAGUCAGACUAAAAUGGUGCUGCUACGUGAUGCUUCAUGCAGAUCAGGAUGGAGAGAAGCUCCAGGCCCUCCUGAGACUCCUAACAGAGCUGAUGGAGAGGGUGAGGGUGGUGGAGGCCCUCAGCACGGUGCCCCAGAUGUACUGCUUGGCUGUUGUGGAAGUUGUCAGGAGAAAAAUGUUUAUGCGCCACUACAGAGAGUGGGCGAACGCACUUGUGAAAGAUGGGAAACGACUGUAUGAGGCAGAGAAGUUCAAAAGGGAAUCUUUUGGGAAGCUCUUCAGAAAGUCUUUCCUCCGAAAUCGGUUGUUUAGAGGACUUGAUUCAUGGCCUCCAACUUCGUUUUGUACGCGGCGGCCCAGAAGGUUUGAUGACGAACUUCCAGACAUCUCACUUGAUGACCUGCAGUACUUGAAAUCCUGUUGUCCUGUGGAGGUGCAGCCAUUUCUCAUGGUCCCCACCAUGUGUGACUUUGAACCUUUAAAUCACCACAUCGAGUCUCUUCAUCAACUGGUCCAAGCUGCUCAGAGUGUGGAUGAAAUGUCUCAAACCAUCACUGACCUGCUCAGUGAGCAAAGGACCUCCUCUUCGCUCAUUACUCUAAGAUCAAGAGCAUUAACUCCACAGUCCGAAGGAAAGUCGGGGACUGUAACCCCCAUGUCCUCUAAAACACCUCCUUCUCUUAGCCUUCAGGGGCCCAGCUGCCAGCCCCUACAUGUACCCAUCCCAGCUCCUUUAGAGGAUUUAUCCCCAGACAGCAUUGAUGCACAAACAUUUGACUUUGAAACCAUCGGCCACCCCAACAUGGAUCCAGUCCUGCAGCAGGGAUCCCUCGACUUGGACUCUCUUGCGGAGAGCCCCGAGUCUGACUUCAUGUCUGCCGUCAACGAGUUUGUGAUCGAAGAGAACUUGACCUCCCCCAAUCCCAUCAGCGACCCCACAAGUCCAGAGAUGAUGGUGGAGUCGCUGUACUCCUCAGUGAUUAACGCUAUCGACAACAAGCGAAUGCAGGACACCACGACACUCGCCAAGGAGAACUUGAGGAUUUCUGAACUCAAAAAAGUUGCGGAGAAGUACAGAAGUGCUGCAGAGGAAUCCCACUCUAAGUUAAGAAGUGUAAAAGAUGACCUCUUCUACCUAAGAGGUCUGGUAUCAAAAGAGCAACAUGACUUUGGGAUCAUUCUGCGUGGUUUGAGUUUGGAAGUGCGCGCUACGGUGGAUGACAUUUGCCAUACACGGGAGACCGAGUUAAAGGAGCAACAUCAAGUUGAGCUUCUGAUUCUUCAGCAAGAGCACAAGAAGCAGGUUCAUAUACUGGCGGAGGAGAACCAAGUCAACCAGAAGAUUGUCAGAGACGUCCAACGUGCGAUGCUGGAGCUGGAGGGGCUGAUGGAGCGCAAAGAGAAAGAGCUUACUCAGCUGGAGAAUGAAAAAGAGCGAUGGGGAGAAAAAGAGAGUAACCUCACUGAUAAGAUCAAAAACUUUGAGCAGAUUAUCAGCGAUCAGUCUGAAGAGAUCAAGACGCUUUCAGCCUCAAGGGAGUCUCUGACCAGCCAGCUUGGAAACCUGCACUUUGAGAUUGAACGCAGUCAGCAAAAGAUCCGGCAGGAGCUGGAAGCCGUCGCUCAGUGCAGCUUAAAGGAGCUGGAGGACAGGAUGAAGCAGGAACACAACUUGGAACUGGAGAGCCUGAGUAAGAAUAACCAAGAGGCUUUGGAAAAUCUCGCUGCGGAGAAUAACGCAAAGUUAGCGGAGGCAGCUGAUCACCACGCCACCACCAUUAAAGGCAAGGAUGCACAAAUGAUUGACCUGGAAGCUCAAAUCACUGAGCUUUCAGAGCUUCGCUGCAAACUAGAGGUGGAGCUGGCCCUUAAAGAGUCUGAGACUGAAGAAAUUAGGGUCCUAUUUGAAGAGGCCAAAGUUCAACAGGCAGAGGCUGUAAACACCCAAAUCGAGAGUGAGACCAAAGUACUUAGAGACAAGCUGGCAGGUCUGGAAAGACAGCUUCAAGCUAAGAAUGAAGAGUAUGAGGUGGGCCUAGCGGAGCUGAGAACUCUCAUGAGGAUUGAAAAGGACCACUGCAUCUCUGAGCUGGUGGACAGGCAUGAAGAGGAGGCCGCUCUACUCCAGAGCAAGCUCUUAAUCCUGCAGCAGCAAUCCCAGAAUGCUGAGAGAAGCCACACUGAGGAGCAGCAGAAACUCAAAGAAGAGUUGCAUCAGCAAGUGGCUGCGCUCAGCGACCAAAAUGAAAAGCAGAGGAGCUUCCAAGAACUGGAGCAGGAGUUGAGGACUGUCAUCAACCGUCUGCAGGCAGAGAAUGAACUACAGGCUAAAAGAAUAGAGCAGGACAACCAGAGAGUCCAGGAGGAUGUAGAAAACGAUGUUGUUGCACUAGAUGUCUUUAAAGAGUUGGAGCAGGAGAAGGAGGCGAUGGAGAAGAAACUUUCAGAGAAAAUUAGACAACUUGAGAAAGAGCUUCAAGAGAAGCAGUCUUUAAAAAGUGAUGAAGGGUUGUCGCUGUACGCUGAGGGCCAUGCAGACGCAGGAGCACCCUUGUCUCUGGACUCUGCUUUACAAGAGCGCCUGCAGCAGGAGAGGGCCUCGCUGCAGACGCAGCUGGAACUCCUGGAGAAGAAGAAGAAUGAAGAGAUUCAGAACCUCAAGACUUCACUAAUUGCAGAGCAGCAGACAAAUUUCAACACAGUUCUCACCCGAGAAAAGAUGAAGAAGGAGCAGAUUGUCGGUGAGCUCACGGAGAAACUGCAGACUGUUACUCAGCAGCAGGAAAAGGACAAAGGUCUGAUAGAGACGCUGUCCGAGGACCGAGCUAGUCUGAUGCAGGAGAAGAAGCAGCUGGAGGAGGAGCUAAACCACCUGCGCAGCACUACGCUGGUGUCCUCAGCUUUCUUUGCCCCUAAUCCCUCUGGUCCAGAUGUCUCAGAUGCUGGAGCAGCAGCAGCCAGAGCUCUGCCCGUGGCUGAGGCCUUUGAGGCCAUGUCUGACGCCGACAGGCUGGCCUCUGUGGCGGCCAUUCGAGAUGACGUCGAUUCAGCAGUGGAAGCCAGCAUGGUGGCCGUCCAUGACAGCAUGAUGUCUGAGGAGAAACAACGGAUAAUCUUACUUGAGAGGACGUUACACAUGAAGGAAGAAGAAAACAAGCGCCUCAGCCAAAGACUGAUGUCUCAAAGCAUGUCGUCCGUGUCAUCGCGGCAUUCAGACAAAAUCGCCAUCAGAGAUUUUCAGGUUGGCGAUUUGGUUCUAAUCAUCCUGGAUGAAAGGCACGACAACUACGUGUUGUUCACCGUCGGUCCCACGCUUUACUUCCUCCACUCAGAGUCUCUCACCGCACUGGACCUCAAACCAGCAUCAGGGACCUCCAGACGGCCAUGGGUUCUUGGAAAAGUGAUGGAGAAGGAGUAUUGUCAGGCAAAAAAGGCCCAGAACAGAUUCAAGGUUCCUUUAGGAACAAAGUUCUACAGAGUGAAAGCCGUUCCGUGGAACAGAAAAGUAUAAUAGCCAAGUAAUGAGCUCAAAAAAGUACAUUUAUUUUAAUUUUUGAACAGAAGCAUCUUGUUUCCGAACUUUAACAGCAGAAGACCUUACAGAUUUAAAGACUCGACAUCAACAUCAUGUUUUGUUUUUUGCACUUAUGUUCAAAAUCUCACCUGCUAUCACAUUUUCUUUUAAAUCCAGAUUUGUUUAUUGUGGACCAAAUGCUAUUAAUCUUCUUGGGGCAUUUGCCCGCUACACUGUGGCAUUGCCCCCCCCCCCCCCCCCCCCCCGACCUGUGUGGAAUUGAACCGAAUUUGGAUGUUAAAUAUUAGUUCUCAUUAUCAGCAUUUGUCCUCUUGUGGAAAAAACACUGUCGUUAUCAUAAUCAUUGAAUACAAUUUAUAAUAAAUGUUAAUGGAGGAAUGUUCACGGCAUGCAUAUUGGAAUAUUUUCUUUCAUUUACUUACCAGAUAAAUGUUGUAGUUGGAAAUGUAGUUAAUGCUGUAUGUUACUCACAGCCAGUAUCUGCCGAUACUGAGGUGUACAUUAUGACUGACUGAAGGAAGCAGUCGUCUUUGCAAUCCUCGAAAUGCACUUUGAAAAGCAACGCUUUUGUUAAUUUGAAAAAGGGAAGUUAACUGAGCUGUUUGAACUAAGUAAAUAUAUCAGCACAAACUUCUCGUUAUCAUAGAUUAUUGAUAUGUAGAAAGGAAAAACAUCGUGACUGUGUUUCAUUAUCGAGAGACAUUGUAUAUUACGCAUAAAAAAAAUCACAUGUAACAAUAAAUGACUGUAUUGUAAAGGAUAGAGUUUUGAAACAAUAAAGGAUUGAUCCCCAAGA